GUGUGGCUAGCUUGAUUGGAGAAACAUAGCAUGCAAUAACAUUUGAUUUGAUUCCAAUUCCCCCACCGUGUUUGGAAACACUUUGUUUCCCUAGCAAUUAGAUGAACCCCAAAAUAAGUCUCUAACAAUUUGAUUCAUCUUGAUGGAGAUGAAUUUUGGAAAACUUAUGCAAUUAGAUGAGUACGAAGAGAUGGAAUUAACAUAGGCGGUGAUUUGGACAAAGCAUCCCACUUUUGAGAGGAGCUUUGUUUACAAGCAGGUAUUCUAAUUUUUACCUUUUGAAUUAAGGGUUGGACAGCUUUUAAGGAAGGUCUAUUGGUUGAUAGGGGAACCUUAGCCCCCAGGUAAGAUCCUUAGUAUCUGAUUACUUGGAUUCCUAGUGAAUUUGCAAUCUACUAAGAUGAAGAGGAACAAUUUCUUGAGAAGCAUAAGCUUUAAUUUUGAAUAUUAAAAGAAGGUUAGAUUCUUUUUUGAAUUCUCAGAGAAUGAUUUAGAAUGGAGUUAACUGUUUCAUUGUUUGCUUUUCCAAAGAGAAGGCCAUUAACGAACACGAGAUGAGAAAUUGAACUUGGUCUCUCUAGCUUGGGGAAGAGUUUCUAAAGGGCUUGUUGAUACAGGGGUAGCCUGUAUGGUCUAGAAGGGAGAGGGGAAAAAUGUCUGAGAAACCCAAAUGAGGCUCGCUGAGCCCUGAGAUCAGAACAAAGAUGAGAGGAGGAGAGAGAGAAUGAAUUUAGAGAAAAGACUUAAGAAGAGAAUAACACUAUUAUUGUGAUGAUCAAUUACAAUGAGAUAAUCAGCCUACUUAUGCUAUGACUGAUUAACAAACAACACUGAUUUAACUAACUAACUAGCAAUUAACUAACAACUUACGUGCUAGGCACACCAUAAUACUAAAAGACUAUAUCACUUGCUCACUGUAGAUGCAAUUCUACUAGAAAGAUUUUCUAUAUAGAGGAUAAAAAGGUUGAAUCGCUUUAGUGGUAGCUCAUAGAGAUCAUAGUGGUAAACUGAUGGAAAGAUGGAGCCAUGGAGGAGAGGCAACAAAGAGAAAAAACUAUUAAGGCAAUUGACUUCAUCUAUAAAUGUAUGACCACAUACAUGAAAUUGGUCUAAGUUGAACCAUCAACUAUGGCAGAACUUGUUCAGACUGAAUAUGAGACAAGGCGGGAGGGGGGUAGGUCUCACAACAUUAACCCACCUCUUGUUGCACCUCCCUUUGAGUCUCACCUAGACUUAUGAAGAAACAUUUUCUAGCACCUUCUGCGCUCCCAGGAACUUUGUUAGUCCUUGCAAUCUUCUUUCUGGCUUUAAUGAAAUAGCUCUCGCUUAGUGGAUCUUCAUGGAUCAUUGGACUGGUAUCUUGAAGGUUCCUCUGUUCCCAAAGGGCAUUGCAAACUGUAAAAUUGCCGCAUCCCUCUGUAUUUCACCGUCAAAAGCACUUCUUGUGCCUACAGCAAAUGUUAUAUUCUUCAUUGGAGAUCGAGUUGAAGGGACAGGAAACCCAGUGAUCGAGAGGCUGUCCAAUAUACAAAAUAUAGCCGAGAUUCUUGUGUCAAAAUUCGGAGCUUCUGUAAAUGCAUGGGUGAUUGAGGCCUCAACUUUCAAUGGCCCUUUUGCCGUGUACAAUGAAUUUAUUCAGUCUCUUAAUCAGUGGGGGGAGCCACAACGCUAUAAUUACAAUGGAUUUCCAGCAUCCACAUCAGUCGUUACCCUUUUAUCGAAUUUCCUUGAAGAGAGGGAAAAGCACAUCACUCGUGAAGAAGGCCAGCUUUCGAAACAGCAUGCUUCCUCUUGUAUUCCCAGAACAAUUAUUCUCGGUUUUAGCAAGGGUGGUGUAGUGCUUAAUCAGCUAGUGACCGAGCUUGGCUACUCGGACAUCAAAUGCACAGAGGACCUACCCAAACCUACGAGCUUCCCGGGAACUACAGAAAACCAGAUCGUACCAUUCUCGAGAGAGAGCUUCCUGGAUAGCAUUACCGAAUUCCAUUAUGUCGAUGUUGGUUUGAAUUCUCCGGGUGCGUAUCUCACUGAUGGUGCUGUCAUCGAGAGAAUAGCCAAGCAACUUAUCGAGAGAGAUAAAUACAUCCGUUUUGUGCUUCAUGGGACUCCAAGGCAGUGGAGUGACAUAAGGCGACCUUGGAUACGUGAAGAGAAGGAUAAAUUUCGACAAAUACUUGCUUGUGAAGGGCACAAGAGCAAUGGAAAGCUCAAAGUCUAUGAGAAUACUUAUUUUUCAGAGUUAUUUCCCAGUUUGCAGAUGCAUAUUGAAAUAAUUGAACAAUUAGUUGUGAGUUGAUAUGUAAGCCUGAUGUUUUAAACAUAUUUUGUGCUAGCAAUGAACUGCACAAAAUUUCUAUCUCAGGAAUAACACAACUAUAGAAUUUCAAUGAGACAACUCACGGGCUCCUCAAGCUUGAUUUGGUCAAAUCUCUUACGGCCCGUUUGGUAGGUGAUAAUAAACGGUGACAAUGAAAAUGUAAAAUUAGUGUAAUUUUGGUUGAAAAAUCUCUUGGUUAA